GAAAAUGGGGGAAAAAGACUGCUGGGCUGGUGUUGUAAAUCAAGUCGAUGAGAGAAUGUGAGUAGAAGGAACGAUGAGAUUGUACUAUAUCUAUAUCUAUCUCUGUAUCUAUUUCUUCCUGUUGCUCGCUUCCCUCAAUUCUCUGCUCUCAUAUGCAUCUGGAAGCACUGAUGAAGUUUGUCUUUCUAAGGGUGGUCGUUUUCCACCGUAUUCAAACCAAGGUAAACCUCCAAGAAGUGUAAGCAAGGGCCCUAAAGAUUUAAUCCUUUGUAGGAUGUACCGCAAAAAGACUUGUUGUGAUGUAACCCAGACACACCCUGCUUUUAUGGCCAUUAGAAAAUUGGCGUCAACAGGGGAGGCAAAUGCAGAUUGCUUGCUGUUGUGGGAAUAUUUGGAGUGUUCCAUCUGCGAUCCACAAGUUGGUGUACAAUCUGGACCACCACUUAUAUGUGCAUCUUUGUGUGAUAGAGUGUACGAUGCCUGUGCUAAUGCCUACUUCUCCAUAGAUGCUAAGAUCCAGGCCCUAGCACCUUGUGGAGUGAACGACUUUGUGUGUGGAAGAGCCUCUGAAUGGAUAUCUAAUGGUACUGAGCUCUGUCAUGCUGCUGGUUUUGCAGUAAAGCCAUUUUAUGAUAUUCAAGGCACAACCUGUUAUGGUGGGAGGAGUAGUCUCGAUGCCAUUGCAGAUGCAUGGAAGUCUUCAAAGUUCAACAUUCCACAGAAAGCUGGAGUACUGGAAGAUUUCAAACAGUGGCUGAGGGAAACUUCAUUCAAUGAAAAAGUGUCUUGGGCAGUUGCGGGUUUGGUUCUUACCGCAGGGCUUAUGUUCAACAGCAGAAAAAAAAGGCGUAGUCAGGACAAUAUACAAGCUGUUAUUCAGAGGAAUGCAAGGUUAAGAAAGCUCGACAUAAAGAAGAACACAAGUUUGCCUGCUGAUCAAGCAAAUGCACAUGGAAGAUAGAUAACCUGUUUUUCCUAGUAGUACUCAGGUUAGCAACACAUGCGUGAGCAGCGGCUGGUUCAACUCAGCUGUCAUUCUUACUGUUUUUAUGAACGAUGACAUACUUGAUGAAUCUCACACACCACAGUUGCUUACAUAUUUUGAAAGGUCGUAAUUUUAGCUUCCCUUUUUUAUAUAAAUUUUGUUUUGUUACAGUUUUGACAUGUUGUCCCUACUGUUCCUACAUAGGUCUAAAUUUCCAAGAAAAAACUGAACUAGUCGGUAUAUGUAACAAGAGAUAGACAAGAAUCAAUUGUACCAGUCGGAAACUAAAUUUGUUGAAGGUUCCGUGUCA